UCGUGGCAGGGUCUGCGCUUCGAGCUGUCAAAAAUGUUUGGCAGACGUCUUCCGUUUCACCUGAUGAUGCAGCAAGCGGAGGCUCGUAAGUGGUUACACUCCAAGGAAUCAUUCGAUCAAUAUGCGAUUGACAAGCUCACAUUAUUACACGGACUCGACCUCCCAGAGAUGUACGUCAUCGACUUGUUGAUUGGUGGAAUUUCUAUUAGCUCUCUUUGUGCUACGGCUCUAGCAAUUCCGGUAACAACGUGUACCAAUUGUAACAGAAAGGGUCAUGUAGCGAAAGACUGUCGUAGCUCGACGGUGAUCAUAUUGCUCGACGUGUGCAUAUUGUCAUAAUAAAGGCCACAGCAAAACGGAUUGUCGCAGACUCAAAUAUCGGCAGCAGUUCCAGUCGCAACAAUCGAAGACA